AUGUUCGACGAGAUCCGCGGCGGCACGGCGCCGACGCCCACCGGCGACGCCGAGGACCUCUUCGGGCUCCUGGACGACGAGGAGGCGUCGGACCUCGUGGACCUGAACCUCGCGCUCCGGAGCGAGCGGGGCCUGCGGCGGACGCCGCCCCCCAUGCAGCAGCAGCGGGGCGAGCGCGGCGAGCGCGCGGCGCACCGGCGGUCGCCGUCGAAGUUGAACCCAGCGCUGAGCCGGUCGCCGGCGAAGCCCGCGCCGACGCGCUACGAGCGGCCGACGCGGGCCAUGAUCUCGCGCUUCGGCGCCGCGUCGGGCUCCGGCGACGACGACUACGACUACGACGACGAGCGGAAGGCGUCGCCCGCGCGGCCGGCCUUCGACGCGCGCGACGGCGCGUUCGCGUCCGUCGGCGGCGGCGGCGGGGGCACCUGGCGCGCGGCGUCCGCGUCCUUGGGCGAGGCGCCGGCGGCCAACGGCAGCGCCUGGGGCGGCGGGGGCCGCGACGACUGGCGGCCCGGCGAGGCGGGCACGUGGAGCCCGUCCGCGCCCGUGGACUUCCGGCCCGUCGGCGGCGUCGCGAGCCCGGAGACGACGCUGGACCUGCCGCCGGAGUCGCCCGUGGGCAAGGCCAAGGCGUCGGCGUCGCCCGCGAAGCUGGGCCAGUCGCGGUCCGCGCGGUCGCUCCUGUGGUCGUCCGUGGAGUCCGUGGGCCUCGACGACGACCGCGGCGGCGGGUCCUUCGACGACGACGACCCGCCGCGCCUCCGCGACGCGCCGCCGCGGCCGAAGCCGUCGUCGGCGCGCGGCAAGCCGAAGCUGCGGCGCGCGUCGCCGGACAAGCCCGCGUCGGCCAAGGCGGGCCGGGGGAAUAGGGGGCCCGUGCCGGACCUCGUCGUGGUCAACGGGUCGCCGUCGGCGACGAAGCCCGCGGGCCGCAAGUCCGCGGGCUCCGGCGGCCGCAAGCACCGGGACGACCGCGACGAGCACCGGGGGCCCGGGGGCCUCUUCCGCCGCGACGGCGACGACGGCCCGCCGCGCGGCGACCGCGUCGCGUCCGCAGACCCGAGCCAGCGGAGCUGGCGGAGUAGCUCCGCGCGGGGCCACCGGUCCGCCGUCGGCGCCGCGGCCGCGUCGUCCGCGAAGCGCGGCGCGACGCGCCAGAAGAUCAACUCGGCGUCGGCGGCGCACCGCCAGCAGCGCGUCAAGGAGUUCCAGGUGCUCCAGGGCGCCGCGAGCCCCGCGAGCCCGCGGCUCACGGUGCGCUCCCGGCGCGACGUCGCGGACUUCGACGCGCGGCGCCAGCCGCCGCCGAGCCCCAUGGCCGCGCGCUACGACGUCGACCCGCCCGGCGGCGUCCACGAGGUUUUAGGCAGCGCCAUCGUCGGCGACGACGACGACUGGGGCGAGACGCGGGACCCGGGGGGCGGCGGCUUCGGCGACUGGCCGCCCGCGUCGCCCCUGGGCCACUUCCACCGGCCGCCGUCCCGUCAAAAGGGCGCGUUCCCGACGCACCUCAUGGCCGGCGACGGCGCGCGGCGCGAUUUGGACGAGGACCUGGAUAUUCGCGACGACGCGGGCGCGUCCGACGGCGCGCCGGAGCCUGUGCCGGAGCGCGACGAGCCCCCGCCGCGCCCGAGCCCGUCGCCGACGCGCGACGCGCGGGCGUCCGCGCGCGACUCCGCGCGGCGCCGCCGCGACGACGCGGCCUCCAAGGCCGCGGCCGCGAACCCGGGCGGCGACCGCGUCGUCUUCGAGGGCGACGAGACCAAAAAGACGCUCCGGCGGCCGCCGAGCCGCCAGAAGAUGCCCAAGGCCGCGCUCUUUUUGGACAUCGACACGCACAAGGACGCGCGCCAGCUGCCCCUGGGCCCCGCGACCUUCGGGGCGCCCAAGGCGCGGGCCAGCGGCCACGGCGCGUGGAUGCGGUCGAAGAUGCCGCGCUACGCGCCCGGCGAGCCCGUCGACGAGCCCCACAGCGCGCGGCCCGAUUUGGCGCCCAAGGUCGCGGACGUCGCCGACGAGCCCGCGCCGCGGGGCCGCAAGCCGUCGAUCUCCCAGGUCGACGCGCCGGCCGCGCCGCCGGCCGUCGCGCCGCCCGCGGCCUACGAGUCGCGCGCGCCGCGCGCGGAGGACGACGUCGACCGCCACCACGACCCCGAGGCCGACGGCUUCACGGCCAUCGACGAGCCGACGCCCUGCCCCUUCCGCAUCCAGGUCACGCAGAACGACGGCCGGUCCACGGUGCUCCUCGACGACCUCGGCGCGCGCGCCGCGCACGCGCCGCCCGCGGCGGCGACGUCGAGCGGCGACGAGGUCGACGCGCCGGCGGCGCCCUGGAGCGCGACCGUGCACCCGGACGGCGCGCCGCCGCCGGCCUUCGAGGACCUGGACGACGCGCCGGCGUCCGCGGCGGCGCCCGCCGCGCGGACGCCGACGGCCAAGGCGUCGGACUGGGAGCCCUUCGCCGCGGGCGUCGCCGACGGGGGCCCCGACGCGACGGAGGCGGACCGCCUCGCGCGGCGGCCGCCGUCCGCGGGCGCGGGCCGCCGCGCGUCCGCGGGGCGCCAGCGGCCCCAGUCGGCGAUCCCGUCGACCUACAAGCACGCGGCGCUCCACGGCGCGACGCCCCGGGCCAUCUUCCACGGCGGCGCGCACUUCGGGGGCGCGACGCCCGCGCGCAAGGCGUCGGCCAAGGUCGGCGCGGCCAUCGGCGCCUACGAUUUCUCGGGGAAGGAGGAGCUCAAGCGGCGCCUCGUCGCGGACCAGGCGGGUUUGGGCGGCAAGGGGCCCCUGACGCUGAAGCGGAGCCCGAAGCCCGUCGUCGAGCGGUCGACGUCGUCGCCCGCGGUCGCCGCGGAGCCCGAGGCCGCGCCGCCGGCCGACGCGUUCGGCGGCCUCGAGCUCGCGGCGCCGGGCAGCGGCGACAGCCUCGGCAGCGACGAGGACGACCUGCUCGAGGUCGCGUCGGGCUCGUCCUUCAACGACGACGACGACAACCAGCUCGGCGCCCAGAUGCUCGAGACGAACCUCGGCGAGGAGUUCCUCAGCCUCUUCGCGCCCAUCACGCACUAG